AUGUCUGCCGACAUUCCUUUCGAAAUCCAAGAGGAAAUCAUCAAAAGGGUUGUUCCUGUCAAAUCUCUGAUUCGGUUCAGAUCAGUUUCAAAGCAAUGGAAGUCUCUGAUCGAUAGCUCUGAAUUUAUCACUCGUCACAGCCUCCACCCGGCUAAGCAGCAUCAUCUGCUGUUAAGGUACACAGUAGCUUCUGAGCCCAAAUAUGUUUCAAUUGUUGAUGAUGAUACUUUCCCCCAUCACAAGUUCUCCCCUAUUGUUUCUCCGACUGUUAAGCCUGUUGAAAUUGCAAGAAUGCUCGAUUGCUCUCAUGGAUUGGUAGUUAUAGAUGGGGUUAUUCAUUGGACUCCUACGAACCUUAUUACAAAGAACGAUAUGCUUAUUUCGUUUGAUUUGACAAGUGAAGAAUUUGGAGAAGUAGAUCUUCCAGAUAGUUUAGCAGGCUCUAGAUCUCUAGACAUAUCUAAGCUUAACGAGUCUCUCCUUGUGCUUGACUAUAGAGGUGUUGCAGUUUGUGACGUAUAG